AUGACAUCACAACGAUCACAGGAGGAUUAUCCUGGCUCGAUUGAGAGUGAGAUUGAAGGCCGACCAACAAGAAGGACCCUCCAUUCUAGCCGAGAUGCCAAUGAUGAGGCUGAGAGUAUUCAUUCAGAUGAAGAAGCAUCUCUAAUUCAUCAGUCCGAUGAUGAAGCCUUCCCGAUUCGGGAACCGGCGGAGCCGCAUCGUCGCUUUGGUCUUCUUUCCACAACUUUUCUGAUAACCAACCGCAUGAUUGGCACCGCAAUAUUCUCCGUGCCAUCAUCUAUCGCACAAUCCGUUGGGAGCGCUGGUGCAGCCCUGACGUUAUGGCUGGUUGGGUUUCUCUUGUCUUUCUGUGGAUUUCUCAUAUACCUUGAACUGGGUAAUCUGUUGCCUCGCAAUGGUGGGGAGAAGGUCUACCUUCAGGCGGCGUAUCCACGACCACCAUUGCUAGUGAGUAUUGGAACUGUUGUUAUUGCAGAGAAUAUGCUUCUGGCAUUUGGGAUCACAACAAAUGACUGGGUGAAACGUGGUAUAGCGGUCGCUAUCAUGGCAUGUAUAGCAGCAAUGCAUGUUUACACGAAGAACUGGGGAAUCAAACUGAUGGUGAGUGAUCCGGAACAACCGUCAGCCGUAUUUGUGCCCAAUAAUGACUUGAUUUUCCAGAAUACGCUCGCCUCGAUCAAAAUAAUAGUCCUUGUUCUCAUCAUCUUCACCGGCCUUAUAGUUCUCCAUGGGGAUGUGUCAAAUGUACCCCAUCCAGGAGCCAGCUUUGAGCAUCCCUUCUCGGGAUCAUCUUCGAGCGUCACUGACUAUACAUUUGCUCUAUAUAAAGUCCUGGCUAGUUACCAGGGUUGGUGCAAUGCCGGCUAUGUUCUGGACGAAGUCAAAGAUCCCCGUCGGACCCUCAAGAUUGCUGGCAUCUUAGGGCUUACCUCCGUGGGUCUUCUAUACUUUAUGGUAAAUGUGGCAUACUUUGCUGCCGCAACCCCCAAAGAACUGAGCGAGACGGGUGUCACGGUAGCUGCGCUCUUCAUCGGUAAGGUUUUCGGGGAGGAAAUGCAAUCAUUGAGUGCCGUCCUCGCGGCCCUAUCUUCUUUAGGAAACUUAAUGACGGCAUCGUUCUCAAUCUCGCGGGUGGUUCAAGGGUUUGCAGAGGAGGAAGUCCUGCCGUUCUCUUCAUUCUUUGCCAAGAAAUCACGCUUUGGCUCACCAGCCGCUGCCUUCUUAUUGGUUUUCUUGUCCUCGUUCAUUAUGAUUAUCUGUGUUCCGUUUGGGGAUGUUUACAACUUCAUUCUCGAUGAGAAUGACAUACCCACAACGGACAUUCAGGGUCUGGACGAGCGUGGCAUUGAUAUUCAUGGCCUCUCAGAUUUACUUGCUCUUUUCCACAUUCUCAAACUCGGCCAAAAGCAGCUCAAACCUACCAGUAUGGUUGACUCCCGUGACGUCAGUCCUGGUGCUCUCGUGUGGUAG